GCCGUCAUUUCCUCUCCCUCCGGCUCACAGCUCGGCCCCACUCCUCAGCGCCUAUCGGAGAAAAUGCGACCAUUGGCCAGGCGGGAGGAGGCGGUGCGGGCGGAGAGCCAAUCAGAAGCCAGGACGGAGGUCUGCCCAGCGGGGCCGCGCUCCGAGGCAAAGGCGGAGCCCGCGGGUGACCCGGAACUGUCCCGCGGGGGGAGGGGGUCCCCGCCCCCGCCCCCGCCCCAACUCCUUCUUCUGUCCUGCCUCCCGGGGGCUCCGCCAGCCCGGAGCAUGGCCCCCGGACCCACCGCGGCCGCUGUCCUCCAGGGAUCGGUGACCUUCAGGGACGUGUCUGUGGACUUCUCCCGGGAGGAGUGGGGGCACCUGAGCCCUUCCCAGAAGCAGCUGUACCGGGAAGUGAUGCUGGAGAACUACCGGAACCUCAUCUGCCUGGGCCUGGCCAUGUACAAGCCAGAUGUGAUCUGCCAGUUGGAGAGAAGGGAAGCCCCUGGGAUGUCCGAGGGAGCCGUCCCCCAGAGCUGCUGUGCAGAUGCAAAGAUUACUCCUGAACCCAAGAAGUCAUUUUCUAAGUUUGUCACUUCUUCAGAAGAAUCAUCUGGACAGAUCACAGAGGAUCAUUGCUGUUUCUCCAAGCAGAAAGAAGCUUCAAAACUUAAUGUCAGGUUAAAAAGGAACUGUCAUGAUGAGGAGAUCCAAUCUAGAAUUCAUCCUAUAGAGAAACCCUAUAAACGUGAUAAAUAUGGGAAAGCUUUGCCCAGAGGUUCAGAACUUGCUGCACAUUGUAGAAUUCUUACAGCAGUGAGAACUUACAGAUGUAAUGAAUGUGGGAAGGCCUUCAGCCAGCGCUCACACCUGGUUGGACACCAGAGAAUUCAUACUGGAGAGAAACCUUAUGAAUGUAAAGAAUGUGGGAAAGCUUUCAGGUGGACCACAGGACUUACUCAGCAUCAGAGAAUCCACACCGGAGAGAAACCUUAUGAAUGUAAUGAAUGUGGAAAGGCCUUCACACAGAGUUCCCAGUGUACUCAGCAUCAGAGAAUUCAUGCUGGAGAGAAAAGUUAUAAAUGUAAAGAAUGUGGGAAAGUCUUCAGCCAGAGGUCUCAAUUCAUUGUACAUCAGAGAAGUCACACUGGCGAGAAAACUUAUGAAUGCAAUGAUUGUUGGAAGGUCUUCAAAUGGUAUUCACACCUUACUCAGCACCAGAGGAUUCACACUGGAGAGAAACCUUAUGAAUGUGAUGAGUGUGGGAAAGCCUUCAGUUUCAGAGCAGGCCUUACUGUACAUCAGAGAGUUCACACUGGGGAAAAACCUUAUAAAUGUGAUGAAUGUGGAAAGGCUUUCAGGCAGAGUUCACAUUUUAAUGUGCAUCAGACAAUUCAUACUAGAGAGAAGUCUUACGAAUGUAAAGAAUGUGGAAAGACUUUCAGGUGGAAGUCAGAACUUAUUCUACACCAGAGAAUUCAUAUUGGUGAGAAACCGUACGAAUGUAAUAAAUGUGGGGAUGUCUUUAGCCAGAGGUCAAAACUUACUCUUCAUCAGAGAAUUCACUCUGGAGAAAACUGUUUUUUAAAAAAAACCCUAAAAACUAAAGACUGAAAAGAUAUAAGGGAGAGCACUACAUUUACAGCUCAUCAGAUUCUGAAGAUCCCCGGGAAGAAGAUACCAGAUGCUGAGGUCCUUUUGCAGACUAAACUGCCAAGCAUUCCAACUCUACUGCAGAGCUCACAACUCCAUUGAACUGGCCACUGUUCAGACGUCAAAUGUAUGUUCGCCAAAAAAAGUAAUACAAGGACACCCUCAAGGUCUCUCUUAAGAAUUUUAAAAUUGACCAACAUGGGAAAUACUGGCCUAGGACCACUCAGCAUGGUGUACCCUUAUCAGAGAAGGUGUUAGGCUCUAUGUGCAAAACAGAAUUAAAUUAGUAAAGUUGAGAUGUGUAAAGAAUGUGGGAAAACCUUCAGAAGGAGCGCAGAACUUGCUCAACAUCAGAGAAUUCAUGCUGGAGAGAAACCUUAUGAAGACAAUGAAUGUGGGGAAGCUUUCCCACAGAGUGCCCAGUGUUCUCAGCACCAGAGAAUUCACACUGGAGAAGAAAGUUGUUACAAAUGUAAGGAAUGUGGGAAAGUCUUCAGCCAGAGGUCUCAGCUUAUUGUACAUCAGGGAAGUCACACUGGAGAGAAAACUUAUGAAUGCAUUCAAUGUCGGAAGGUCUUCAGAUGGUAUUCACACCUUACUCAGCAACAGAGGAUUCACACUGGAGAGAAUGUGGUAAAUGUGGGAAAGGUUUCAGUUUCAGAACAGGCCUUGUUGUACAUCAGAGAGUUCAUACUGGGGAAAAACCUUAUAAGUGUGAUGAAUGUGGAAAGGCUUUCAGGCAGAUCUCACAUUUCAAUCUCCAUCAGACAGUUCAUACUAGAAAGAAGUCUCAUGAAUGUAAAGAAUGUCGAGAGACCUUCAGGUGGAAGUUGGAACGUGAGCUACAUCAAAGAAUUCAUACUAGAGAGAAAUCUUAUGAAUGUAAUAAAUGUGGAGAUGUCUUUAGCCAGAGAGCAAAACUCACUCUUCACCAGAGAAUUCACACCAGAGAAAAAUGUUUAAAAAAAACAAAAAGUGAAGACUGAAGAGGUAUGGGGAAAAACACCACAUUCACAGCUCAUCAAGUGAUUCCCAGGACCACAGAAUCUCAGCCAUGGAGGGUCUUCACCCCACUGCAUUUUUUCCUCUUCUCCAUGUGCAGACCUCCUCUCCCUAAAGCAUCUGUAUGCUUUCACUCUCCCCUGACUCUUUGCCAACUUUCUAAAAACACUAAAUCAUAGGAUUCUACAUGUGGAGCUUACGGGGACUGCAGACCUUUGAGUUUAACCCCUCAUUUCACAUAUAAAGGACCUGAGGCCUCUGGACAUCAUUAAGCAGGACAUAGAUCUCACUAGAAUUUCAAUAAAAAACAACUACCCUUUCCAUGGGAAGAAUGUUGGCAUUGCACAAUAGUGCUUGGCACAAUAAUGGGCACUUACUAAAUACUGCUUACUGACUGACUGGCAUCUAUCAAGGAACCAUCCUGUAUUCUCCUCUCCCCUCUUCCUUUCUCCUUCUGUUUGUAUUCCAAAUGGUCUGAAGCUGCUCUCAGACUUGUCAGCGACCUAAUAACCAAAUAAAAGGCCAUUGUUUCUCCUUUCCUCUCAUUCUGCACAAUCACUGACUCUUGGAUCCCCUGUGGUUCCCUGUUCUCUCUUCCUGGAGAUCUCACUUGGUUCUCCUCCUGUCUUUUUACCUAUGUCUGUUGUCUCCAUUCUCCAAGAGUCUGUCCCGGGCCCUCUUUAUUUUCCCAUUUGUCUGUCAAUUCCGUGCCAGCCCCAGUGUAUUACUUUUCCAUUUUCCCAUAAGUAGAUAUCUUUGCCCAGCUUGGAAAGAGAGUUUGUCUGUGACACAAUGUUACUGUAUUUUGGGCUUUUCCCUUUUGGCCACAGGUAGAAAUCGUCUUAGUUCCUCUGUGUGGGUCACAAGCAUUGCUCUGAUACCUUUUUCACCACAACUGCAUCCCUCCAAAUCCUCUCCUUAGGUGAAGGAAAAAGUGCACGAUUUUUCUUCCUCUUCCACCAGCCACUUACCUAGGAUUCAGGCUACAUGGCUGUAUGCCCUCUUUCUUAAGACGAAAGGAAGAAGUGUUUUUCCUUGAAGAGUCACAGAAUCCUUUGCUGUGUGUGCCCUAACCAUCUAGGUGGAGAUCCAACCAUUACUUGAGUUGUUACUGUAUAUGUCAGCAGGAGAUUCUUAGGGGAGCUGCCCCUUCCCUCCAGGUUUGAUAAAAAUGUGUAAUUCAUGUUAUAGAAGGAUUUGACACAAUCUUCUAUCAGUGUGAAAUGUUUCUUUAUCGAUACAUACAUCUCCAAGGCCUUAAAAAAGCAUCUGAACACAUAUUCAGAUUCUCUGAUGAUCAGAGAGGUACAAAUUAAAACAACUCGGAGGUUCAUCUUCCAUUAAUGGACACAGAGUUGCCUGGUGCAAUGAGAGGCAAAGGACUUUGACAGACUGAAUGAUUGGCCCUAUUGGUGAAGCUCAAUUGAUUCCAAUGUUCGGGAAAACAAAUUGGAAUUCUGUGGGGGCAAAGUCAUUAAACAAGACAUUUCUAUCACCUAGGACAACACUAGUAGUUGUGCCCUCGGAGAGAUUGAUGAAUUACAACUGCAAUAAAUCAGCAACAAAGGACUGAGAAGAAUGUUGGCAUUGCACAAUAGUGCCUGGCACAAUAAUGGGCACUUACUAAAUACUACUUCUGACUGACUGGCAUCUAUUAAGGAACUAAUGAAAAAGUUAUGAUUCAUGGACACCAUUUCUGACAUAAUGGAUUUUUAACAACCAUAAAAUUCAAUUCAGGGUGCCUUAGGAUAUUGAUAAAUUGGUAGUCAUUAACUUCCUGCCUCCAGAUGGCCAGCAUUUGCCCAGCUCAUGGUGACUUUAACCAUGAGGCUAACAGGGAUUGUGGAAGGACAUUACCUGGGGGAUUGAGUGAGGACCCUAAUCCCCUGGUGGGCCCAGCUCCCACUGUGUAUUUACUAAGCUUAUGGUUUGGACCAGCAGAUGUUUCCUCCCUGUCAUCCUCAGCCAAGGUCCCAGAAGAGGCAGCUCAGAGAGGCCCCCUGGGACAUCCAGGAAGCAGAUUUCUCUGAAGGUCUGUGGGGGGAAAGUAUAAGAGAUUCAGGGGAAGCAGCUCCAGCUGUGGGACUUGCAGAAACUGAGACUCCCCUCCCCCCACUUACCCUGUCAGUUGGACAAUCUUGCCAUUUAUGAACCACAGCUGUAGUUCUGGUGUCCUUCCUGCCCCUCCAAGCCCACCUCUCCUCCAGACAAUGCAAUGACCCUUGGGUUUUCCCCAUUCCAGUCCACCCAACACAGAGGGGACAAACCCAUCAGGAGCAAGUGGGACCACAGCAUAUCCCCACCUCUAUAAACUUCAUUUCUUUCUCCCCAACAUUUGAAGUCCUCACGACUUGGCUCCUUCCAGCCUCGGCUCCUUCCAGUUUCAUGAUCCGGGACUUCCCUUCCUGCCCCCUAAGGUCCUGUUCGAUGGCCUCUCUUCCUUACACAAGCCUUGACCAGCUACCACCUCCUUGGCUUUGCCCAGACUGGCCGCGUGUCUCCCAUGGCACUUCUUCCUCUUCUCAGUCCAGCUUCUCCAUACAUUCAUGUCCCAUCUUCCAGUCCCAAGCUAAUGCUCCCAACCACCUCCAUGCUGAAUAUAGUUUGUAUUUUUCUACAUGCGCUAUGUUUAUAUUUGUGUGGACAUUGAAUGUUUCUAUAUGUUCUGUAUUUUACAUAUGUUCUUGUCUCCGUGAGCAUGCAAGUCUUUACAGUGGCCAUUCAGAGGCUUUUUCCCCGGCCCUUGGAACAGGGCACAAACUUCCCAAACAUCCCUGGCCUUUCCCCCAGGGUCGUGGGAGCUGCUCCUUCCACCUUUCUCUCUGGGCUGGGGAUGGACACUGGGGGACAGGGAGAGUGAGGGAGAAGAUGAGGGCCCCAGUUCUGGCCCGGGACGUCUUUUCCAUGUUGCAGAUUGCUGGACAAAAGACGGGUUGGUUUUGGGUCCUGCGGGGUCCAGCUUUCUGGGUCAGUUGGCCACAACUGGCCUGCAUGGGAGCCUUGAGGAUGCCUCCAUGUGGUGGCCCUGCAGGAGAGAGCGGAGGGAGGGUCUCCUCCCCCAACUCCUCCCAUGGGUGACACAGACCCCCUGGAGUUCUGGCUCCGCCCACCAGAGCCACCUCCCUGCUGAUCUCCAGGCUAAUUAUGACCCUUUCAAGGUAGUGCAGGGGCCGACUCCAGGGAAGGGGGAGGACCCCACUGAGUGUCCGCCUUUCCUCCCCCAAUCACCGCCGGCAUCUUCGUGGGGCUUCCUCUAAGCAGGCCCCUGUCCUGGCCCCUGCCAUGGAGAAGCAGCCGGGCAGCCCAGAGGUCAGCGCUGGCCCCGGCCAGCCAUGGGCAACAAUGGCAGAGCAGCCUGGGGAUGGGCCGGGGCAGCAGGAUGCUCCCAGGAGGAGCGGGGCAGGGCUCCACGGUGAAAGUUUCCUGAGAAGGGAAGGGGUCGCUGGUCUGCCAGCGGAGGAGCAUGCGAUGGGCUGUCCCGCCUGAAGGGGACAGUUCAAAAGCAGGGCUCGGGAACCCCUGGACAGGGCUGACCCCUGUCCCAGCCUAGGGGUGGAGAAGGAAGACAUGGUUCUUGCUGCUGUGUCCAGGAUGGAUUCAGGAGAGGGGUCCCUGAGGCACAGAGGCAGAGGGGGGCCCCGGAGACAUGGAGGCAGAGAGAGGCCCUGGCCUGAGCCUGGGCAGGAGCUCCCUGGGAAGGGGAGGCCCAGUGCACAGAGACAACAGCCAAUGGAAGGCUUUGUGCAGGUGGGAGGCCAAGGGACCCACAGAUUGGGGUGGGGGUGAUGGGCAGAGGCCGUGUGCAGUCAUGGCUUUGGCCCCGAUUUCCUUGGGAGCUAAGGAGGAAACAAAGGAACACAGGCAGAGGGGGACGAUUCUAGUGUGGCUGCUGAUCCAGUCACUCCCACAGGUCUGGGGCCCUGGUGACCAUUCUGCAGACCCUUGCUGCUGGCCCCUUGCCCCCUGCUUCCCUUCUUGGCCAGGGUUGCUGGUACCUGGUGGGCCUCCACUGCGUUCCAGUCCAGUCUGAGUUUCAGGGUAAGAAUAGUCCCAUUCCUCACCAGAGAGCAGAUUGCUAAAAGGAGAACUGAAGAGAGAGGAGGAAAGUCAUUCCCUUUGAAAGGUUCACCGUGUCACGGCCUCUCUGUUUGGUAUUCGAUAAGGGACUUCUUGAUCCUCUCCAAGGCUUGAAGUCACGUGGAUGAUGCUGUUCCCUGGGGAUGAACUCCAAUCUAAUUCCUCCUCCACAGGGGUCUAUGGGGUGACUUCCUUUUCCUCCAGGAGAGUCUGAUUCUGCCCCUGAAGUCAGUAGCAGAAAUCCUCGGCUUUUCUGGUUAUAAGCAACUUGGCCCUCCCUUCUCAUUCUUCAGGGUCCUCUCAUUGUUAUUCAGUCAACAAUUAUUUAUUAAACAGACAUUGUGAUGCAAAUAUAAUGAACAGAACCUUCUCUAUUCAAAUGGAGCUUCCAUUCUAAUAGAGAAAGC